CAUCUGGUGUUCCGGCCCAGCCUACUGCAAUCGUUCCCUCGAUGUCGGUAGGAGUGUCAGUACCAGAGGCACCAACUGGUAGCCAACCAUCCUAUCCCCAUAGAGAAACUACGACGCCGUUCCCGUCAGUACCAACAGUGGUUCCAACCACAGAAACAGUAUCAUCUGGUGUUGCAGGUCAACCUACCGUUGUUGUUCCGUCAGUAUCAGUUGGUGUAUCAGUGCCAGAAUCACCAACCACCAGCCCACCGUCUUUCCCCAAUUCAGAAUUGAAGACUGAAUUACCACCAGGGCCCUCGGGCGUUUCUGCAACAGAGUCAUCUAUGCCGUCUGGUAUUCCCGGUGAGCCUACUGCGGUCGUUCCUUCGGUGUCUGUAGGAGUCUCAUUACCAGAGACCUCGACUGCUAGCCAGCCAUCUUAUCCUCAAGGUGAAUUCACGACGCAGUUCCCGUCAGCUCCAUCAGUGGUUCCAAAUACAGAAACAAUACCAGCUGGUGUUUCAGGCCAACCUGCGAUUGUUGUUCCAUCAGUAUCUGUUGGUGUCUCAGUGCCAGAGUCACAGACCAAUGGCCCACCGUUUUCUUCUCCGUCAAAAUUUACGGCUUCAUUUUCACCUGGUGUUUCCUCAGCUGUGCCACCACAAGUACCGCCUUCCGAAACACCAGGUCAACUAACGUUUCCUUCGAGUGUUUCUUCUUUCCCAACAACAGAGGCGUCGCUUCCGUCGGAGGCAUCGGGUGAGCCGUCAACUGUUUCUCCAUUCGCAUCAUUGGGUGUGUCCGUGCCAGAAGGAGGGACGCAGCCAACGCUUCCUGCUGAAGAGGAGAGUGGAACGAAGACCCCAUAUUUCGGAGUCCCUUCGAGUGCGCCAUUUCAACCAAGCAUAGCUGCUCCUUCUAUGUCGGCAACUGUGUCGGUGCCACAGUUUGCUGCGAGUUCACCAUCAUUUACACCAGUGACAGGCACGCUUUCAUCUGCCAUGACUGUUAUUCCAACAAGUGAAGUGUCUUUGCCUCGUGGUGUUUCUGGCGAGCCUACUGCCAUCGUUCCGUCAUCUUCAGUUGGUGUUUUUCUAUCUGGUCCUUCGCUUUCUCCUGGAGAAAUAAGCUCCCAUUUUCCGCCGGGUGGUUCUGCUGUUUCCACGACGGAGGUAUCUUUGCCAUUUGGUGUAACAAGCUUUCAGGGUGUCCCGGUGCCGUCAUACUCAGUAGGUGUUUCAGUGCCAGAAGUAGCGACUUCCACUGCGGUGCCACUUACUGUUGAAACUCGUACGUUGCCCAGUGGUUCCAUAGCAUCAGAGACGGUGCCGAAAACCCCAGCGCAAAUGCCGUCAACAUUCCCACAUGGUACACCAGUGGUUAUGACAACUCUACCAUCAGUUCCGAUGGGUCCAUAUGUUCCCAGGGGAACACUGCCCACGUCAUCCGUGAAAGUAAACGUUGAAACUGAGACUACGCCACCAUCAUUCGCAUCUGUUGAACUCUCCACGAACGUGGGUUUUCCAUCUGGUCUUCUUCCAACAUCUGUGGUCGCAGUUUCUGAAGCAACAGUCGGUGUUUCGGUGCCAUCUACAUUUGUUCCAACUGUAGCUACGCCAACGACGCCAUCUUUUCAUGGAACCAAAGUAGCAAAUACUUUCACGUCCACUCAGGUACCACACCAGACGGGGCCUGAAGAACCGAUCAGCACAACUCCCAGUUUCAUUACACCAGAAACUGAAGAUAUCUGGGCCUUGUUGGUCAUCAUAAGGACCGACUUGAAGAUGUACAAGGUUAAUGCUACUGUACUUCAUACUCUCUUGAUAAAGGCUACAAUGAUAGGAAGCCAUGACGCUUACACCAUCAUACUUCUCGCCUUAAAGGACCUAAAGGUUACGUGCAAGUACUUGGCGCCUUCGGAGAGGAUUAAGGUCGCAUACGAAGUCGCCCAUUACCUGAAGUCGCAUGGGACGAGAAUCGCACACGAUGUUGUUGUGAAGGCUGUCGGUGUCUUCCUCUGUGCCGUCGACCACAAGGACAUAAUAACAAAACUGCUUUCCGAAAACACUUAUAUGAUCUCUAUUUCCGAAAGUGUAGCAAGUGAGCUAUCGUGCCCAGACAUGGAACACUUAGUCCACCUGCUCUACGCCGACCGGAACCGGACGAAAAUUGAAGAGUCUCCAUGCGCCGGUAUCCUCUGUGAAGAGGUUCCAGAGAACGUAAUGGACACUAUAGACAUGCUCGUUGACAGGUACUUCCCCCAGAAAGCCCACGAGAAGAAGUGGCUUAUGCUAGACAUUGCGAAGGCGCUUAACCUACAGCCCGAAGAAGAUGAAGAGGGUGACGAGAUGGUCUACUACAAGAUGGGCGACUACGACGUCUUUUUGGAGGAACUACGGGAGCCCACCAUUUCCGACGAAGAGAAGGCCCUGCUGUUCGGAAAGUUCUUCGCCGAAGUACGCAAGGUUGCCAAGGCCGAGCGCAAGCUCAGGCUCGACGACCUGGAAGAAGUCUGGAAGAUGGGUGGCGGCAAGCUGCCACAGCCCGCGGUGAGGUCGUUUAUAGCUCUUCUAAAACUCGUUCACAGCAAGAGAAUAUCUCUGAAGACCGAAGAGAGGAUCCGUCUGUUGAAGCUUGCACUCAGGUGUGAUGGUCACGAGUGCACGAAGCUUAGCUCCAGUGACAUCCACAACCUCAUCUUCGCGUUGUGCAAUGUGGGAAUUCGCGAUGGUUUCGGUCUUCCGAAGGAACUGAAGAGCCAAGUCACAAAGUUUAUACUAACGCUGAAAGACAGUUACAUCGAUUCGAUAUCGAUAAGAAGGUGGAAACGCAGUUCUAGCCUUCUGAAACCUAGGUCGCACGAUUAUCUUUCAGCCAGCUCUCCAUCCGAGCUGCGAUACCUGAAAGACUGGCUCCAGAAACCCAUGGCUAUUGCACAGAAGCAAGGGCUCCUAAAGAACACGGGACGUUCUAAUGAUGACCCAUCUGGCAGCAAAGGGUCUGCACUCUCGCAACUUUACAACGCCUACGUAAAUGAAAAAAGGCCGGACAUUAAGACAGUGCUCGCUGAGCGGUUGCUUGACACAUACAACGAUUCUUUCAGGCAUCUCGGUUCUGAAAUCGAAGACACCAAAAAGUUCGUGCUUACUGUUGUUCAGCAGCUGCCGUUGACGUCUUCCAGGCACAACGACUUGGUCCUGGGCAUUCUAGAACAAUGCAUUCGACGAGGCAGCCCUUGUCUCAACAUUAGUAGCAGCGAGAGCAUAGCACCCCUGAAGGUAAUACUACAAAACAUGUCGCUAAAGCAAAGUCCGAACUUCGUCCCAAACCUAAUUCACCAACUUUUCGCCGCUGCGAAGAAGGCAAGAACCCACGUGGACUUGUCAUGGCUGACCAACAAUGGCUCAGCGCGCAGAACGUUUCAGACGAGAGUUCCACACCUGCUUGAAACACCGUCUAGAGCUUACAGAUUAUCCUGAAACACAAGUAUCGAAUUUAGUACGCACUAAAAUCAUUCUACUAUGCCCGCGGCGAACGAAUCUAUCGCUAAUAUUGUUUAUUUGUUUGAUAGUGUAAUAAACCCCUCCGGUGUUUUUUCUUCUUCCUUUUUGUCAUUGUUCCCCAAGUUUUGCGCAUGUUCCCGUGACAUGCGGUGUACAGACCAGCAAAUGUAACAGAAUCGGCUAAUGUACAGCAAAUAAAGAAGAAAGAAAAUACUGGCGUCCAAACCUGCCGGCCCGGUAAAAGAGAAAUAAAGAAUAGUCCGGAAA